ACAGAAGAUAAACUUAUGUCCUACAUUGCAAAUGGCGAUAAAUGUAUAGCGCAAAAUACCUACUAACCACGUACGGAGUAUGCCCAAAUCAAUCAGCCACCUCCAGUGCGUCGUUCUCUCGACCGGUUAAAUCAUGCAACCACUCGCACACCACAACACACACCUGCCGGCCCCAUCACCCCGAAAUGAUCCAACCGAACCAACAACAACCACACCGGUGCAUGCGCCGACUCACUCCACCACCUCAUCUCAUCAGCUGCCUCGGCAGCGCAGCAUCCGCGAAACUUCCACCGCGCGCGCGCGCGGCGCACGCACCCGAGCGGUAUAUAUGCGGCACCACGCGGUCACGCACCCGCACGGGCAAAGCGCUAUCAACGACACGCGCGCGUGUGUUCCACUCCUCCUCUACGUAGUGUACGACUGUACGUUAGUUGCCAGCCAUGGCAGCCGUGGGGAAGUCGAAGGAGGCGGACGCGGCGCGGUGCAGGAGGCACCCGAAGCACCGGCACGCGGCGGGGGUGUGCCCGUUCUGCCUGCGCGACCGCCUCUCGCGCCUCUCCGCCGAGGUCGCCAGCGCUGCCUCGCCGUCGCCGUCGUCGGCGUCGUCGUCGGGAUCCUCCUCCUCGCUGUGCUCGUCGACCGGGGAGGGGAGUUACUCCGCCGCGUCGGCGACCCAGGCGCCGCCCGUCGGCCGCCGCGCGAGGCUGGGCAUGCUGAUGCGACAGGAGGAGCAGAGGGAGACGACCGCGACGGCGGCGACGGUGCUCGGCGCCGCAGGUCAUGACAAGAAGGAGGUGCCCCCUGCGGAGGAGGAGAAGAAGACGGCGAGGAGGAGCGGCUUCUGGGCGAGGCUGCAGCAGCAGCUCCAUCACGGGAGCUGGCACCGGAAGGCCGACGGGUGCUCACUGGCGCACUCCAAGGCGGUCAGCGAGAAGGCCGCCGCCGCCGCCGCCGCGCCGGCCAAGCGGCCACCGGCGUUGUUCUGAUGCGCGCGUGCCCGCGCGCACGACGAGAGGAAGCGAGCACCAUGCAGUACGUGCAGGCGUGAGCCAGCCAGCGCGGCGUGAUCGAUGUUUGGUUGGUAGUGGUAGCCUCUCGUCGCGUCGCGUGCGCUGUUCAUCCGGGGGGCUCACGUUGAUCACCUGGCAUGUUUCGUUAUCUUUCGGUGCGCUUUUUGGGUCGUGGCUUGUGGUGGGUGCGGGGGGUGCCGAAAGGACGGCCUAAUGGCAAACGUCCCGUUUUGUAUAGAUCUAAGAUCUGAGGGAAGAAAUGGCACUCGGCUCGAAUCGGCUGCGUGAUUUCCGUGUCAUGACUCAUGAUCAAAUCAUCAAGCUCGUGAUGUUCUUUUGCC